UCUCUCACUUUCUUUCUGCUCGUCCGAUCGACUCCUCCGGGCUCGCGGCCCUCGCCCACCUCGUGGGUUCUCGCGCGCGGCCGCAUCCCCACCAGGCCACCACCACCACUGCCGCGCUCCACCUGCUCCACGCUCCGCAGCAACCAGGCGGCUGCCGCGUCCAGAUCUCCGCGGAACAGCUCCGCCGGGAUCUCCGCCUCGCGUGCAGGUGCCCCGGCCCGCCUCGUGUUUCACUCUCUCCGUCCAGAUCCAGCGCUGCGCCCCGUCGCUCAUUGGAGCCGCGCACUGGCCACUGGCGCUGCCCUGUAGUCUGUAGUGGCGGGCGCGAGCGCGGCCGGGUGGAGGUGCCGCGGGUUUGGGCAGCGGCGGGCUCGCUGCUUCUGCGUCCGUCGCUUAACCUCGGGGCGUGCUUGCGUGCGUGCCUGCGUGGGUUGUCUGGAAUGGAGCGCUGACUGGUGUGUGAAUUGGGCAGUGGGGGGUUAUCUGCUUGUCGGAGUCGUGGGGGAUGCGGAUUAGUUUGACAUUGUGUGUUUCCUCUCAUUUUGGCUACGAAAGUUGCGCGGUGGGCACUGUCGCACUGCUUUGCCGCCAAAUUUGGCUGGAUCGAGUGGGUCCUGAGAGCUGCGAUCAGUUUGCGAGUCAUGGUGUUGAAUGUCUGACGUGUUUGCUAUGCUGGUUAUAAGCAAUUGGUAGCACUUCGAUCAGGGUUUUGUAACUCAGAUUGCUGUGUCCCCUGCAUACAAUAUGGAUGAAGAAAAUGUUAUUGAGCUGCUGCAACGUUAUCGCCGUGACCGCCAAGUAUUACUCAACUACGUUCUUUCUGGCAACUUGAUCAAGAAAGUUGUAAUGCCACCUGGUGCAAUCUCUUUGGAUGAUGUAGAUAUAGAUCAAGUCAGUGUUGAUUAUGUCCUCAAUUGUGCUAAGAAAGGUGAACCUCUUGAUCUUGGAGACGCCAUCCGUCUUUUUCAUGAUAGCCUUGACUAUCCAUAUGUGAAUAACACCGGAGCUGCAGAAGAGUUUUAUUUGCUUACAAAGCCAGAAUAUUCAGGACCUGCGCCAACAAGGGAACCACCCCCUGUCCCUGCGACCGCACCAUCCCCAGUUGUGAUACCACCACCAGUAGUGGAAUCAGAGCCAGUUACUGUGUCGUCCCCAGUCGCAGCUACUAACUUAACAAAGUCACAAUCAUUUGAUUCUCCAAGCGAGAAGGAAUUGACCAUAGAUGACAUUGAAGACUUUGAGGAUGAUGAGGAUGAAUUUGAUAGCCGAAGGGCUUCUAGAAGACAUCAAACUGAUGCUAGUGAUUUAUCACUGCGUUUACCACUAUUUGAAACAGGUAUCACGGAUGAUGAUCUUCGUGAGACAGCAUACGAGAUUCUUGUUGCUGCUGCUGGCGCUUCAGGGGGGCUUAUUGUUCCUCAGAAAGAAAAGAAGAAAGAGAAGAGGCACAGAUUAAUGAGGAAACUAGGUCGUAGUAAGAGUGAAAGUGUUGAUACCCACACUCAGCGGCAACCUGGUUUGGUUGGUUUACUCGAAACCAUGCGAGCCCAACUUGAGAUAACAGAGUCCAUGGAUAUCCGAACUAGACAAGGAUUACUCAAUGCUAUGGUUGGCAAAGUUGGAAAACGGAUGGACAAUAUUUUGAUUCCGUUGGAACUACUGUGCUGCAUAUCCAGAACUGAAUUUUCUGACAUGAAAGCAUACCUUCGUUGGCAGAAGAGACAGUUAAACAUGCUGGAGGAAGGCCUUAUAAAUCAUCCAGUUGUUGGAUUUGGGGAGUUAGGUCGAAAAGUCAAUGAGCUAAGGAACCUUUUUAGAAGGAUUGAAGAAUCUGAGUCCUUGCCACCAUCUGCUGCGGAGGUUCAACGUACAGAAUGCCUAAGAUCACUGAGAGAAGUUGCCACUUCCCUAUCUGAAAGGCCUGCUCGGGGUGAUCUUACUGGUGAGGUUUGUCACUGGGCUGAUGGAUACCAUCUGAAUGUAGUAUUGUAUGAGAAGAUGCUUGGCAGUGUUUUUGACAUCUUGGAUGAAGGGAAACUUACAGAGGAGGUGGAAGAAAUCCUUGAGCUCUUGAAGUCAACGUGGCGGAUUCUAGGAAUCACAGAGACAGUUCAUGAUACAUGCUAUGCAUGGGUAUUAUUUCGACAGUUUGUUCUUACAGGUGAGCAAGGACUUCUGAAAGUUGUGAUUGACCAUUUGAGGAAGAUACCUUUGAAAGAACAGCGUGGUCCACAAGAAAGACUACACUUGAAAAGCCUGCGUAGUUCUGUUGAUGCUGAGGGUAGCUAUCAAGACUUUACAUUUUUCCAGUCUUUCCUGUCUCCAGUUCAGAAAUGGGUAGACAAGAAACUAAAUGAUUAUCAUCAACACUUCUCAGAGGGUCCCAGCUUGAUGGCUGAUGUUGUGACAGUGGCAAUGCUUACGAGGCGGAUCCUUGGUGAAGAAAAUGACAAGGCACUGGAGUCUUCCGACAGAGAUCAGAUCGACCGUUACAUCAGUUCUUCAGUCAAAAGUGCUUUCUUGAAGAUGGCACAUUCUGUAGAGUUCAAAGCUGACACAACACAUGAACCUGUUUUGGCGUCUCUAGCAGAGGAGACAAAGAAACUUCUGAAGAAGGAUACAACAAUUUUUACACCUGUUUUGUCAAAAUGGCAUCCACAGGCAGCAGUUGUGUCUGCUUCACUCAUCCAUAAACUUUAUGGAAAUAAAUUGAGACCAUUCCUUGAACAUGCUGAGCAUCUUACGGAGGACGUGGUUUCUGUAUUUCCCGCGGCUGAUGCUUUGGAGCAAUACAUAAUGUCCGUGAUGGCUUCUGUUGCUGGAGAUGAUGGUUUGGACAGCAUAUGCAGACAAAAGAUAGCUCCAUAUCAGAUUGAAAAUAAAUCUGGAACAUUAGUUUUGCGCUGGGUGAACGGGCAACUUGAGAGAAUUGAAACUUGGGUUAAAAGGGCUGCCGACCAAGAGGUUUGGGACCCUAUAUCACCUCAACAACGCCAUGGCAGUUCUAUUGUAGAAGUUUAUAGAAUCAUUGAAGAGACUACAGAUCAGUUUUUCGCAUUUAAAGUGCCCAUGCGAGAUGGAGAAUUAAAUAGUCUCUGGCGUGGUCUUGACAAGGCAUUCCAAGUUUAUACACAGCUUGUUACUGCCCCCCUAGUUGAUAAAGAAGAUUUAGUUCCACCGGUUCCUGUUCUUACUCGAUAUAAAAAGGAGCUUGGAAUCAAGGCUUUUGUAAAGAAGGAAGUCCAAGAAGUUAAAACAGUUGAUGAGAGAAAAGCAGCUGAAAUUACUCAGCUUACAAUUCCAAAGCUUUGUGUACGGCUUAACAGUCUAUAUUAUGGUAUCAGCCAGUUGAGUAAGUUGGAGGACAGCAUUAAUGAGAGGUGGGCUCUGAAGAAAACUGAAAACAUUAAUAUCAGACGAUCAACAAGUGAAAAAUCAAAGAGUGCUGUCCCCAAUCAGAAAAAUCAAUUUGAUGGCAGUAGAAGAGAAAUAAAUAGUGCUAUUGAUCGCUUAUGUGAAUUUACUGGGAUGAAGGUUAUAUUCUGGGACCUGCAGCAGCCAUUUAUUGACAAUUUAUACAGAAACAGUGUUCAACAAGCUCGAUUGGAAACCAUAAUGGAAGUGCUGGAUUUGGUCCUUAAUCAACUUUGUGAUGUCAUUGUGGAGCAACUGAGGGAUCGUGUGGUUACAGGGCUUUUGCAAGCGUCCCUGGAUGGCCUACUUCGUGUGAUACUGGAUGGAGGUUCUACACGUGUGUUCUCUCCAAAUGAUGCACCUCUUUUGGAGGAUGAUCUUGAAACCCUGAAGGAAUUUUUCAUAGCUGGUGGAGAUGGACUACCUCGGGGAACUGUUGAGAACUUGGUCUCACGUGUACGGCCUGUAAUAAACUUGAUCAAGCAAGAGACACGCGUACUCAUCGAUGACCUACGAGAAGUUACUCAAGGGGGCAAAAGCAAAUUCGGAACCGACUCUAAAACUCUGCUUAGGGUUCUGUGUCAUAGAAAUGAUUCAGAGGCCUCUCAUUAUGUAAAGAAGCAAUUCAAGAUACCAAGUUCAGCUCAGAGCAACUGACUGCAAACCAAAACGAAAAUCCUGGAUGUUUCACCAGAGGUACAUAUCCAACAGGACAGUGUAGCCUUGCUUGCAACCUGGAAACGUUGUUCCGCCACCCGCUUGUUGUAAGUUCUUGUAACAGUUGUGCAUUAGUAACACUAGGAUUUAGGGUGGAUACUAAUUGCUGUAGUAAACAAGUACAAUAGUUCUAAUACAUUUGCCUUGUAUUGAUUGGUAAUUUUGGCCUGUUGGAGCUUUAGUUCAACAUUUAGGUUCUUUGAUAGACUGAAGCCCAUCCUGAUCGGGAUGUCGGAGAAAUGUAUGUUUCAUGAUUGUGUAGCAUGUUUGUGAGACGAACAGGAAUCUGAUGGCUUGUUUGCACCA